AUGAAUAUUGAUGAUACCAACAAAAGCCUAUUGGAUGAUAUGGCAGACAAUAGUCCCACUGCAUGGGACGAUGAAUUUAAUGCAUUGCUUGAUCAAGAUGAGGUGAUACUUGAACAACCAUCGGAAGAACCACCAUCAGAAAGUCCAAGCUCGACCAUUGCCAUUGAAAAUCCUCCAGUGGUGGCUCCAAAGUCCCACGAAAUUCUACAAUUGGAUAUGAUAAUGGAACAAGAAAUCAAUACCAAUACUAAGAUUGUUCCAGGUCUUGAGGAAGUUCAGUCAAUUCUGCCAGUAUUUUUGAAUGAUCCAGCAGAACCAGUGAUUCCAACUUUGGAAGGUGAGCCAGUUGUGGAGGAUGUCCAAGUGGCACAAACUGGGAUGGGGUUAUCUGCCUCACCAGGAAUUGUGGAAAGGCAGAAAUUAGAUGAAUUGUUCGAAGGUGAAGAUGAUAAUGAUUUUCCUGUUUUUGAUGGUGAAGAACAAAAUAUUGAUUCGUACGACAUUGACUCUUCAAUGAUAGAAGAUCCAGUAGUGGAAGCUCUGCCAGAAAGUUCCGAGGCGAUUAAAGUGACAGAUCACAAUAUCCAGCAAGCUGCUCAAAUUCCGGCUCGUGAUCCUCAAUCAGAAAUUCCUACAGUACCAGAAGUUUCUCCAUCCACAGCAUCCAAAAAUUUGGACAAUAUUUUUCUGGGGGAUGAUAAUGGUGAAGACUCAUCAAUUUUUGACCAAGUUGCUGAAAAAUCUUUAGCUCCUGAACAGGCUGCUGAAGAACCAUCAGUUCAUGAGCCAUUAGUCAAUAAAGAACCAUUAGUUCAUGAGCCAUUAGUCAAUGAAGAACCAUUAGUUCAUGAGCCAUUAGUCAAUGAAGAACCAUUAGUUCAUGAGCCAUUAGUCAAUGAAGAACCAUUAGUCAGUGAAGAGCCAUUAGUCAAUGAAGAACCAUUAAUCCAAGAAGAACCGUUAGUCCACGAAGAGCUGCUAAGCCAGCAAGAACCUCCAGUUCCCGUUGAACAAGACGAGACCCCAUCGACCAUUGAACCACUCGAUGCUGCGAUUAUUAUCAACACACCAUUGACUACAACGCAACAAGAGGUUACUGAAUCAAAAGCUGUGAAACAACUAGAUCUGCAACAAAACCAACUUUCUAAGGAUUUAGAUGACAUAUUCGGUGGUAAUGAUGAUGAGGUUGCUCAUGACUUUCCAGUAUUCGGUGAAGAUGUCGCAACAGAAAUCCCUGCUGUUGAUGAUUUCAAAGAAGAGGAAGUAAUAAUACCGAUAGAGGCACCAUCUCAAGCGACUGAUGAAUCUGUGUUUGAGCAUAAUAUUAUUGCGCCGGUACAGAAGUUACAGGAGGAAGUUGAAACCCAAAUGGAAACUCAAAUGGAAACUCAAGUGGAAACUCAAAUGGAAACUCAAGUGGAAACUCAAGUGGAAACUCAAGUGGAAACUCAGGCAGCCAAGCCAGUACAAGAUCAACAAGAAGCCGUGUCUCAACCUACUAAAAAGGAAGUAGAAUUGGAUGAUAUUUUUGGAGGUGAGGAUGAUCAACAGGAUGAUUUUGAUAACAUUUUUGGUGAUGAAGAAGGGCAUCACAAUGAACCAAAUGAUUUAGCAGUAUCUCAUCAAGAACCAAUUUCUAGCGUGACACAAUUAUCUACUGAAGAUCCUGCAGAAAAAGAAUCAAAACUCAAGAAUGUUGAACAAGUUGAACAGCUAAAAACUGAAGCCUCCAAAUUGGAUGAUAUUUUUAGUGACAAUGAUGAUGAUGAUUUCUUGCCUAUAGAAGUAAGUGAUACCAAAAAAGCCGUGUCAGAAAAUAAGUUUGGGUUCCUUGAUGAUGACGAUGACGAUAGUGAUGAAUUGUUGGAUGAUGAUGAGGCCCCGGUUGCACUUUCUAUUACCACAGCGACUGCUGCUGCUGCUGUUACAGGCGCAACUGAGAAAAAAUCUAGCCGGUCUAAUAGAUACCAACCUCAAAGUUCUGUACUGCCAGUUAAUAAAUAUGCUGCUACGCCAUCAAUACAUGGUGGUGCUCAAAUAAACACUCCAAAUAAUAUCACUGCUAAUUCUUAUACUCCGAACAUUGUUAAUACUGCUCCUGUGCAACAGCCCCAAAAACCAAACAUUAAUCCUGGUCCUCCGCCAUCAAAGGUUAAAGGGGGUAGUUUCUAUCAAGAAUUACCGGUUCAAGUUGUUGGUGCCCGUCAUAAGUCUAAAGCAGAAUUGAAGAGACAGCAUGAUGAAUUAAAGGCUAAGAAAGCACAAGAGGCCCAACAAAGGGCCCAUGGGAUCAAUCCACAAUUUGGUCCCCCUCCAGUAGGCCAUCAGACCCACCCAUCUCAACCACCUUCAGUGACUAGAGGCUCAUUUGGUAAUGGCGGUGCCGCUGUUCCUCCAAUGAUGAUGAACCAAAAACCACCAUCAAGCAUUGAACAUUCGCCUUACCAACCACAGCAACCACAGCAACAGGCUCCUCCAGUUGGUACUCAGCCAAGUAUGUCCCUUACCAGUGGCAACGUCAGUGCGAAUAAUAGUGCGUAUGGUUUACCUGCAGUAGCUCCAAAGAAGACUGCUUCUUCUUCUAAUAGUAGAUAUGCUCCUCCUACCCGCGCUACUACUGCUAGCGCCGCCCCUCCGAUGCAUAGGGCUUUUAAUAACCGUGUUCCACAACAACAACAACCACCACAAAAUCAAUCGCCAGACCAGCUGGCAUCCCAGUUUAUUGGUGCUCAGCCUGCAGCCAAUAUUCCGCAUAAUGAACCAGUCAGCCAUGCUUCCCCUCAUACAGUAAAACUGAACUUAAAUACCAGCAUAUAUGCUCCUCCGAACGUACAGCGGCUGCCAUAUACUCCACAGGCUCAGAAUCGUGCCGUGUCCGGCUCUGGUCCUGGUCGCUAUGGUCCUAGUGUUGCUCAAGCUCCUGGUAUCGUCACUUCUCAAGGCACUAAUGGCUUACUAAUUGGACGAGGAAAUGGUUAUCAGCCACCAGUUCAGCCACAACAGUUGACACAACAGCAAAAUAUGAUGACUCCUAAUCCGCCAGUAAACAUGUUGCCAGUUCAAGCGAAUAAUCAAUAUUCUCCGCAACAGCCGUUGGUAAGUAGUCCUCCUCAAAAUGUUGGCGUCCUUCCUUCUUUGGUCUCGGCUCCCCCAAAAAUGCCAGUCAAUAAUUAUGCUCCUCCACAAGCACCAACUCAUCAAAAUGCCCAUAUGCCGCAACCUCCUCCUGUUGCUAUGGACCCACCAAUAAUGACGAAAAACCCAAUUGUCAAGCCUGCUGAUCCUUUUGCUUUUCCAAUUUCCUCACCUAAGAAGCCAUCGAAGAAUUACUAUGGCUCUCGCCGCUUGAGCUCUACCACCGCCGCUUCUAGCAUCUCUGGGUCUCCUCGGACUUCAGUUGCUGCUGGAUAUGACCAUGCUUCAGUUGUUGGUUCGCCUUCUAUUCCUCAGCAAUCAAUUUCCAGUAAUUAUGCGGCCCAUAGUGCUCAAGCAGAAACGCCAAGACAUCCAAUUGAGUACUAUCACAGUAUUCAAAUUCCAGUGAUAAAUUUUGGUAAUAAUGGUGAUGUGGUGAUAGUUAAGACUGCUGAACCCCUGGGUAAUCAAUAUAUGGUUAGUGGUGCCCCAGUUGUUGUUCAAACUAAAGCCGCUAAGGAUGUGUUGAAUAUUGAACCAAAGGUUGAUAGUUAUCCUAUUGACAAAAAGAAGGGUCAGUUGGACAAGUGGCUUCAAGAAAAGAUUGAGGCAAUGACUGGUAUAACUGGGUACAACAAUGAAAAUGUUGAUUUGAUAUUCAAGAUUUUUUCAACCAUAAUGGAAAGUAAUUAUGAACCGAUUGAUUACUACAAGAAGAUUUCAAAGAUGUUAUUAGAACAUUUUGGAUUUGCAGCUGGUGGUUUUUCUGCAAGUAAUAAUAUGAAGGUAUUCAAAAAAAAUAGUGUGGAUAUUGAUUCAAUUUAUCUAAAUCAACUUUCAAGGCUGUUGAUGGACGGUACAACAAUUGAACAAGCCAAAGCUAACGACGAUUGGGCAUUAUCAUUAUUAUAUGCUGGCUUGUUCAACAGGGAUCACUUUUUGCAAGUAGCUGGUGAAUUUGUGAAUGCUUCUUUCAAAAAUGAAGAAAAUAGAGAUAGCUUUUUGCUUUACAUUUUCUUCAAAAGUUUUGUGAAUGUUCCGGAAUUAUUGGCCACUUUAACCGCAAAAGAAAAAAUAUUCCUUGAAGAAAACUGGUUCCAUUUGUUGGCCUAUAUUUUGAACGUGGUGAACGAAAAUAAUAUUCAAAUAAUUCAAAACAUUCUUGUACAAUAUGGAAAAUACUUUCAGGAAUCCUCUCUUAGUGGUGGAAAUAAGGCUCAAAUCAACUUUAUUCUUGCGUUACUUCCGGUUGAUUUAUUCAAAUUCAGCUCUAGUAACAUUUUAUAUUUCAUCAUAAUUGAUAUUUACACUUACAUUUUAGAAAAGAAAAAUAUUCUGUUCACUCUUGAUAAAAAAUUAAUCAAGGAUAACAUCAACAGCUAUCUCAGUGAUUAUGGUUACAAGAAAGCUAUAAGUGAAAAGUCUGCUUCAAGUUGGUUUGGAAGUAAAUCCAAGAUUGAUUUGUCUUAUCAAUUUAACAAGUUCAUUGCUGGUGAAGAGAACGCCACUGAAGGUAGAAAGGCAAGUAUAUUCGAUAAAGUUUCAAGCAAUGUGACGACUGGUAACAACAACCUCAAUAAUUCAAUUAUCACCAAUGGCCUUAACUUGCAAAAUAAUGCUAUGUCCCCAAUACAGUCGCCAUAUACUCCAAUUGGUGGAACUCAAAAUCUUAGAAGUGCCUUGAUGAACACUGGUCCAAUUGCUCAAAUCAGGCAAAAUGAAUCUUUGGGUAGCAUCGAUGGCGCGGCUGGUGAUAUUUUCACUCCUGGAAAUAAUGGAACCCGUGUGACUAAUCAAUUCACUCCAGCACAAAAACCACAACCGUCUGGAAGAUAUGGUCCAGGACAUAUUGAUAUGUCAGCUUCUGCUCCUGAUUUGACUAGCCUUGUGAGCCCUGUCUUCAAUGCUGGCUCACCACCAAUCCCGCAGGCCCCUACCAGAAAUGGUGGGCCAAAGGGACGUAAGACUUCAAGAUAUGGUCCAACUUCAAAUAAAAUGCAUGUAAAAGCUGUCCACAAUAAUAUUUCUGUCGGUUACCAAGACAAUGAUAGUGAUAAUAACAGUGUGACCAGUAAUCAAGAAGCUAAUUCAUACUUCCUUGCCCCUACAAGAAAUGACCAGCCAAUAUCUAGAUAUGCGCCACCUGGAAGCACCACCUCAUCAGCUGUUGAUCCGCAUGAGUUCAUGCCUAAUAGUGAUGAUUUUGGUAAUGGCUUUGACAUGUCUAGCUCUGCAAAUGGUGCGCCGCCAGCUUCAUUACCUGAAGCCCAGGCCACAGUUAAUUCUUUAACUGAAUCUGAGGCUCCAUUAGAAGUUGUUGAUACCCCACAACAGUUUGCUGCUCCACCUGUUUUACCACCAUCUGUUGGAGUAACUUCUAGGGUUGACGCUUCCGCUAUUUCUAAUGAACCAGCACCAAGUUUGAAUAGCUUAGUUGAUACUCCACCAAUUGCGGCUCCUAUGAGCACCCCACCGAUGAAAAUUGAUUCUUCUUCUAAUGGUACUGUUGCUCCUCCACCGAUGAAAAUUGAUUCUUCUUCUAGUGGACCUGCUGCUCCCCCAUCAAUGGGAUUGACUAGAGGAAAAAAGAAGGGUGGCAGGAAGAGCUCAAGAUACGCACCAGGUGCUUCUUUUGAUAUGAUGAGUGCAAUGAGUUCUUCUGCUAACUCUUCUAGAUUAGAUCUAUCGCAGAAACCAGUUGCAAAACCAUCAAAGCCUAUGAUUCCAGAGCAAGAACAACAACAACAACCUAAGAUGAUUGAUCAGCCAAACUUUGAUCAAGUAGACUAUCAGCCAAUCAUUGAUCAAAUAGAACCUCAGCCACUUCUUGAAGAAGUUUCGUGGCCUGUUGAAUCUGGUAUUCCAUUGGGAGAACCAGCUCGAGCUGACUUGAUACAAGUGAAUCCAUAUGGUGGUACCCAUAGCGCACCAAAGGAAGCUGAAAUCGUCUCUAAUGAAAAACCUAUCCACCCAGAGUUUGAACAAGAAUUUGAGAUAGCCAAAGAAGAGCAGUUGGCAAACCAAGAAAUUAAUAUUGAACAACCAAAAACAAUUGAUGCUGAAGUGCGUACUGAUGUUACAGCUACUCCUGUCGCUCCAAUUGCUGCAACUCAUGUAAUAAAAGAUAGUCUAUAUGCGUCUAAGGCCAAGGGUGGUAAUCCAUAUGCUCCUCCAAAUUCUCAAGAAAAUGUUCACUCGGCACCAUCCAAGGUUUCUGCUUAUAGUAGACCAGGCAGUUCAAGAUAUGCCCCAGCAUCUGGUACUGCCACUUCUGGUGCUGCUACCAUGCAAAUGGAAGAUUAUGGUGAUAUUGACUUUUAUAAUAUUGGCGGUACUCAAGCCAAAGCCCCUGUUCCGGAUGUUCUGGCCCCUGUUCAAGCUCCUGCUUCAGCUCCUGCUCCUGCUCAGGCUCCUGUCCAAGCUCCUGUCCAAGCUCCUGUCCAAGCUCCUGGUAGUCCAGAACCAUCGUCUUCUAAGAUGGCACCAGAUUAUUCACCAUCUGCUAUACCAAUGCACCAGCAUCAACUUAGUCGUACUGAUUCUGCCAGAAGCUCACGUUUCAAUCCUAUUGAACACACAGUUUCUGAGAUUAGCCAAGACAUGUCAUUUGGUCCAUACGGUGGCUCUGCUGCUGCUUAUUCUGCUUUUGCGCCUGUGACUCACGAGGAUAUUCAAGAAAGUUUGUUGCGUCAACAAGAACAAAUGUCUAAAUUUCCAAAUAAUGACUAUGCUGGCUCGGUUUACUCUGCUUCUGACUACAAUGGUCAAACACAUACUCGUAACCAACGUGGACCAGGGUCAAUAAAUAAGUAUGUAUUCCAAGACCCUCUGUUUGGUAGAUUCAAAGCUCCUAGUGUCUCCAGUGUUGGUACCGCGAGUCACGUUGCUACUUAUAUCCAAGACGACACCAUUUAUGAAGAUGAUGAUGAGGUGAGUGAGGAUGAGGAAGAAGUCAAGAUGGAAAGCUCAUUGAGAAACAAGAACCAAAAGAAGCAAAAGAAACCUGAACCAGAAAAGAAAAAGGCGAAGCCUGUUGCUGCCGAAAAGACCAUUUCACGGAAAUCUUCUGGUUGGUUCAAUUGGUUGGGUAGUAGUGAGACUGUCAAUGAUAAAGGUCAAAAAGUUUACAAGGCCAAGUUGGGUGAGGAGAGUAACUUUUACUACGACGAGAAAUUGAAACGUUGGAUUAACAGGGAUAUCCCAUUGGAAGAUCAGGUGGUCAAGGCCGCUCCACCGCCUCCAAAGGCCAAAAAGCGGGUGUCCACCACUUCGUCUCUUGCCGGUCCUCCAAUCAAUGCUUCGGACGUUGGUAUCAACCGCGGUCCCCCAUCCAUUGCUUCUGCCCCUCCAGCUCCUAUGACAGGUUCCCCUGCUGCUGCUGCUGCUGCUGCUCCUCUUGUUUCUGGUAAUACUGCCCCAGUGACUCCAGGGGUGGCUAGUAUGGCCCCAUCGAUUGGGUAUCCUAAUACAGCUAAAGCUAGUAAGAAGAAGAAUGGUAAUGAACUUGAGGACCUCUUGGGUAUGGCUGGCCCAGGAGGGUUAUCAACGAGAAGAAAGGGCAAGAAAGGUACUCGUCGUGGUUAUGUCAAUGUUAUGGACUCGAUGAAGUGA